AAGUGCUCCUCAGUAUCGUCUUUUUUAAUGUUUUAUCAUGCUGUAUUUUACUUUUCACAGCUCCAGGAUGAUUCACGUUUCCAACAGACGGUCCCUUCACUAUCAGCAUGGUGCCUUCACUGACCUGGUGUUCUACACUGUUGUCUUCCUCGCCCUGAUGAACUCAUGUAGAGCUCAGUCUGAGGUGAUCGUUCCAUCUCAGCCAGUAGUUUCAUUGGUGGGUGAAGACGUUAUUCUGCCAUGUCACCUGGACCCCGUCAUGAAUGCUUUUGACAUGACUGUGGAGUGGGCGAGACCUGACCUGAACAGAUUUAUCCUGGUGUGGCGUCAAGGCGAAGAACUGGAGACUAAAAAACAUCCGUCCUUCAGUGGAAGAACAUCAGUGUUCAUCGAUGAGCUGGAGAAGGGAAACAUCUCACUGAAACUCUCCAAAGUUAAAGUCUCUGAUGAGGGAGGAUACAAAUGCUUCAUGCCUGCAUUGUCAAAACCCUCCACUGUUCAGCUUGUUGUAGGUGUGGUCUCCUCACCUGUUGUUCAGAUGACCAAAAACAACAAUGGAGUGUUGUUAGAGUGUGAGUCUGCAGACUGGUAUCCAGAGCCAGAGAUGUUUUGGCUGGACGGCGAGGGAAACCUCCUCUCUGCUGAACCCACUGAGACAGUCAGAGGUCCUGAUGGUCUCUACACUGUCAGCAGCAGAGUGACUGUGGAGAAGAGACAUGGGAGGAAGUUCACCUGUAGAGUCACACAGAGCAAGAUCAACCAGACCAGAGAGAAGCACAUCACUAUUCCAGAUCAUUUCUUUGUGGUCCCUACUCCUCGUACUCAUGUUGUUAUUGGCGCUGUGAUUGGCUGUGCUGCGAUCAUCUUUGUUGUGUGGAAAUGGAGACAAAAGAAAUUCAAAAACAAGAAGAGGAGACGUGAGGAUGGAAGUGAACACUCUGAGGAAGAAAAGCUAGUCACAUCUAAAAGUGAUGAAACAGGAUUUCAGGUUGUGAAUGAAAAAAAAGAAGAAACAAACCAAGAGCAGGAACAGGGACAAAGACGAGAAACAAAUGAUGGAGACAAGAAUGAACAGAAGACAGUGAAACCAGUUAGAGAUGAUUCAGGACUUUCAAUACAAAUAAAACACAUCAACCCUGAUCAGAAGAUAGGGAGGGAGGAGACACAGCAAGAGGCAACGAGUGACAUCGUCCAGAAAGAGAGAAAAACUGGGAAACACUCUGAGGAAGAAAAACCAGUCACAUCUAAAGCUGAUAAAACAGGAUUUCAGGUUGUAGAAGAAAGACUUCAACUUACUUCAGUUCAAGAACAAGAGAACAAUGUUGACACAACAGGAGAAAAGAGUGAGACUGAAGAUGAGAUUGUGACAGAACCAGAGCCAGUAAAAGACAUUGUCUCUGCAGCAGCAGAACGUGAAAUGAAGGAAACAGAUCUACCUGUGAUUCAAAAAGAAGAAGAAACAAACCAAGAUCAGGAACAGGGACAAAGACGAGAAACAAAUGAUGUAGACGAGAGUGAACAGGAGACAGUGAAACCAGUUAGAGACGAUUCACGACUUUCAAUACAAAUAAAACACAUCAACACUGAUCAGUUGAUUGAGAGGGAAGAGACACAGCAAGAGGCAACGAGUGAUGAAGGCAAGAAAGAGACAAAAAAUGAGAAACACUCUGAGGAAGAAAAACCAGUCACAUCUAAAAGUGAUAAAACAGGAUUUCAUGUUGUGAAUGAAGAAGAAGAAGAAAGACUUCAACUCAUUUCAGUUCAAGAAAAGAACAAUGUGGACAAAACUGCAGAAAAGAGUGAACCUAAAGAUGAGCUUGUGACAGAACCAGAGCCAGUAAAAGACAUCGUCUCUGCAGCAGCAGAACGUGAAAUGAAGGAAACAGAUCUACCUGUGAUUCUAACAGAAGAAGAAACAAACCAAGAGCAGGAACAGGGACAAAGACAAGAAACAAAUGAUGGAGACAAGAAUGAACAGAAGACAGUGAAACCAGUUAGAGACGAUUCAGGACAUUCAAUACAAAUAAAACACAUCAACACUGAUCAGAAGAUAGAGAGGGAAGAGACACAGCAAGAGACAGUGAGAGAUGAAGACGAGAAAGAGACAAAGCAAGAGGCAACGAGUGAUGAAGACGAGAAAGAGACAAAGCAAGAGGUAACGAGUGAUGAAGACAAGAAACAGACAAAGCAAGGGGCAACGAGUGAUGAAGACAAGAAAAAGACACAGCAAGGGGCAACGAGUGAUGAAGACAAGAAAGAGACACAGCAAGGGGCAACGAGUGACGAAGACAAGCAAGAGACACAGCAAGAGGCAACGAGUGACGAAGACAAGCAAGAGACAAAGGAAGAGGCAACGAGUGACGAAGACAAGAAAGAGACACAGCAAGGGGCAACGAGUGACGCAGACAAGAAAGAGACAAAGCAAGGGCAACGAGGGAGGAAGACAAGAAAGAGACAAAGCAAGGGGCAACGAGUGAGGAAGACAAGAAAGAGACACAGCAAGGGGCACCGAGUGACGAAGACAAGCAAGAGACAAAGCAAGGGGCAACGAGUGAGGAAGACAAGAAAGAGACACAGCAAGAGGAAACGAGUGACGAAGACAAGAAAGAGACAAAGCAAGAGGCAACGAGUGACGAAGACAAGAAAGAGACACAGCAAGGGGCAACGAGUGACGAAGACAAGCAAGAGACAAAGCAAGGGGCAACGAGUGACGAAGACAAGCAAGAGACACAGCAAGGGGCAACGAGUGACGAAGACAAGAAAGAGACACAGCAAGGGGCAACGAGUGACGAAGACAAGCAAGAGACACAGCAAGAGGCAACGAGUGACGAAGACAAGCAAGAGACAAAGGAAGAGGCAACGAGUGACGAAGACAAGAAAGAGACACAGCAAGAGGCAACGAGUGACGAAGACAAGAAAGAGACACAGCAAGAGGCAACGAGUGACGAAGACAAGAAAGAGACACAGCAAGAGGCAACGAGUGACGAAGACAAGCAAGAGACAAAGGAAGAGGCAACGAGUGACGAAGACAAGAAAGAGACACAGCAAGAGGCAGCGAGUGACGAAGACAAGAAAGAGACACAGCAAGAGGCAACGAGUGACGAAGACAAGCAAGAGACAAAGCAAGAGGCAACGAGUGACGAAGACAAGCAAGAGACAAAGCAAGAGGCAACGAGUGACGAAGACAAGAAAGAGACACAGCAAGAGGCAACGAGUGACGAAGACAAGAAAGAGACACAGCAAGGGGCAACGAGUGACGAAGACAAGAAAGAGACACAGCAAGAGGCAACGAGUGACAUCGUCCAGAAAGAGAGAAAAACUGGGAAACACUCUGAGGAAGAAAAACCAGUCACAUCUAAAGCUGAUAAAACAGGAUUUCAGGUUGUAGAAGAAAGACUUCAACUUACUUCAGUUCAAGAACAAGAGA